UCAUGGCGGACGUGGUUACGGACGUAGUUUCGGAGCAGGUAGCGGACCAGAUACCGGACCAGAUACCAGUCCCGGACCGGGAGCAGAACGGGGAGGCGGAGAACAGAGAAGAGGCCGACCCCGUGGUGGAGACAGCGAAGAAGAAGAAGAAAAAGAAGAAGAAGAACAAGUCAGCAACGACAGGCGCUGAGGCGGAGGCCGACGGAGUGGCCGAAGUGGCCAAACAGCUGGAAAAGCAAGCGAUAGAAGACAAAGAGAAAGAGGAGGACGGCGAGGAAGAUGGAGACGAUGGAGAAAACUCGGCAGGGAAAAAGAAGAAGAAGAAAAAGAAGAAGAAAGGACCCAAAUCUCAGACUGAGAUCCCGUCUGUUCCCAUCUGUGACUUAUACCCAAGUGGAGUAUUCCCCAUCGGACAGGAGUGUGAAUACCCGACCUUACAGGACGGUCGCAGUGCGGCGUGGCGUACGACCCACGAAGAGAAGCGGGUGCUGGAUAAAGCCAACGAGGAGGUCUGGAACGACUUCAGACAGGCAGCCGAGGCGCACAGACAAGUCCGCCAGCAUGUCCGCGGCUUCAUGAAACCCGGCAUGACCAUGAUUGAGAUCUGUGAGCGGUUGGAGGACUGCUCUCGUAAGCUGAUAAAGGAGGACCGUCUGAACGCCGGUCUGGCCUUCCCCACCGGCUGCUCCCUCAACCACUGUGCUGCCCACUACACUCCCAACGCCGGAGACACCACCGUCCUCCAGUACGACGACGUCUGCAAGAUCGACUUCGGCACGCACAUUAACGGGAGAAUCAUUGACUGUGCCUUCACUGUCACAUUUAAUCCAAAGUAUGACAAGCUGCUGGAGGCCGUGAAAGACGCCACCAAUACUGGCAUCAAGAAUGCCGGCAUUGACGUGCGUCUUUGUGACGUCGGAGAGGCGAUUCAAGAAGUGAUGGAGUCCUACGAGGUCGAGCUUGAUGGCAAAACAUACCAAGUGAAGCCGAUCCGAAACCUGAACGGUCAUUCAAUCGGUCAGUACAGAAUACACGCCGGCAAGACUGUGCCCAUCGUUAAAGGAGGAGAAGCAACGAGAAUGGAGGAGGGAGAAGUUUACGCCAUCGAGACCUUUGGCAGCACAGGUAAAGGAAUGGUCCACGACGACAUGGAGUGCUCUCACUACAUGAAGAACUUUGACGUCGGCCAUGUCCCCAUCAGGCUUCCCCGAGCGAAGCACCUGCUGAACGUUAUCAACGAGAACUUCGGUACGCUGGCGUUCUGCCGCCGCUGGCUGGACCGCCUGGGUGAAAGCAAGUACCUGAUGGCCCUGAAGAACCUGUGCGACCUGGGCAUCGUGGACCCCUACCCUCCGCUCUGCGACACCAAGGGCUGCUACACCGCUCAGUUCGAGCACACCAUCCUGCUCAGACCCACCUGCAAGGAGGUGGUGAGCCGAGGAGACGACUACUGAUGCUCCAAACCAACCCCUUAAAAACAACCGCACACCCACCGUCACCUCCACCACACAGCACCUCCAGACCCCCCCAAAAAAAGAGCUUCUUAAACGGGAUGCUGUCGCCUCAGAGCGGCUUUUUGAGGGAUGCCAAAUACUGCUGUACUCUACCCACAAUGCACCACUCGCAGCCUGCACGGAAGAAGGGACCGGCUCUCCAAGUUCUUUGUCAUCCACUACAGCUACAGAAAUUGUAAACAAGCCAACAGGUUUCUGCCGGAGGAAGUCAUUUUACAGAAACAAUAAAAUGUUUAUUUAAGCUGCUGCUGAAUCUAGUGCACCCCCCCAAGUAUUCAAAGAGCCGGUGAGCGAGGGACAUGCCCUCAUACCUCCCUUUUUUGAUUUUUCUAUGGCUCCACUCUGACCCUCCAGUACUUUAGUGCUCCAGUUAAAUUCAGCACAACUCCUACUGACGGGUCUAAGAGGUGGUUCAGCCUCUGCAUGGCCAAAUCUCAGACAACUAACAUUUAAUGCUCAAAGCCUCUGCACUCUGGCUCCUCCUAUUCAUCGUUUCUUUGAUAUUUGUAAAAUAUCUUUGAAAUCGUGGCGGCCACUGUUUAUUCCCCAGUUUAACAAAAAGGCUUCAUUUUGAACUCCCUGAAAAUGUUUUUGUAAGAAGAAGAAGAAGAAGAAAAAAAAAAAGAGUUGAUUAAAAUGAUUUUGCGCA